AUGAUUGGCUAGCAGGCUUACCUUAACUAGGUGCCAUUAUUAGGAGGAAGGUGAAAGUCAUCAGAAAAGUUAAGGUCUGCUAUUAAAGUAACCUGAAAAGCCAUGCUAUAUUGAUGCAAUGUUGUAUAUUUGACAGCUGCUAAUAUGUCAGAGUCCGGUCACAGCCAGCCCGGGAUGUACGGACAAGGGAGGAGAAGGAGGCGACGCCGGGGAGAGAGAGAUGGACCCCCUGGACAAAAUCUGUCUGGUCCUAGCCGCGAUCGGGAAUACCAGCCGAGAGAACGAAGGGAUGGAAGUGAGGAUCCACCAGGCCCCCUCAUCCAAAAAACACCCAUUAUUCUCGCAAAGCCUCCAAGUGAAAGGGCCAAACCAUCACAGAAUGCACCCGUUAGUGGAGCGCCACUCCUGGAAAAGCCCAUCAUGCUAAUGAAAGCCAGGGAUGAUGGAGGGAAGCCAGGGACACCUCCUGAGGCAGCAGCUCAGUCCUCUGGUCCUGGACCUUCCAAGGUAGAAAGGGAAGGUCAGAGACCCACACAACCUGUUUAUCAGAUCCAAAACCGAGGAAUGGGGGCUUCUGCAUCUGGCAGUGCUGUGGACCCCAUGGUAGGUCAGUCUAAACUCCUUCAUCCAGAGAAAAUGAAGCACAGCAUAAAGCUGGUGGAUGAUCAGAUGAAUUGGUGUGACAGUGCCAUGGAGUAUCUGAGGGACCAGACAGACAUGUUGGUGGUGGGAGUCAUUGGCCUACAGGGAACUGGGAAAUCAACCAUUAUGUCACUGCUAUCUGCCAACACACCAGAGGAAGAUCAAAGGAGUUAUGUCUUUAGACCCCAGAGUCAAGAAAUUAAGGAAAGGGGAGGCAAUCAGAGCACAGGUAUAGAUUUCUUCAUCACUCAGGAGAGAGUCAUCUUUUUGGAUACACAACCUAUUCUCAGCCCGUUUAUACUUGACCACGUUAUCAACAACGACAGAAAGCUGCCCCCAGAGUACAACCUUCCUCACACAUAUGUGGAAAUGCAGUCUCUUCAGAUCGCCGCCUUCCUGUUUACUGUGUGCCAUGUAGUUAUAGUGGUUCAAGAUUGGUUUACCGACAUAAACCUGUACAGGUUUCUGCAGACUGCUGAGAUGUUGAAACCUUCCACCCCAUCUGCAAGUCAUGACAGCACCGGCUCCUCCGGCAGCGACGAUGGUGCAGAGUACUAUCCUCAUAUUGUUUUUCUCCAGAAUAAGUCCAGACGAGAGGAUUUCUGUCCGAGAAAUGUUAAGAACAUGCAUACUGUGGUGGACAAAUUGAUGGCAUAUUCUCAUCUUAAAUACAAAGGCACAUUGUCUAUGUUGGAUUGCAACAUUUUUCCUGGUCUGGCACAGGAAUACCUUGAUACUGAAGUCAACAUGUUUCUGCUUCCGGUCCAAGAAAAUGAUGGAGAGGAUAACUUGAACAAAACAGGAGCAGGAACAUAUCCACUGUUCUCUCUGCUGCCGGGUUACAGAGGUCACCCUACCUUUUCCAUCAUGGUCUCCAAGCUCCGCAGUCAGAUCCUGGCCAUGCCUCGCUGCCAGCUGUCUCACACCAUUCUCACUGAGAAAAACUGGUUUCACUAUGCUGCACGUAUCUGGGAUGGUGUUAAAAAGUCAUCGGCCCUCUCAGAGUACAGCCGCCUCCUCUGCUAAAUUUUGGAUCUUCAGAAUAAUUUUAUAUUGAUAAUAAGUUACAUAAAUAACAAUGCUUGCCUGAAGAGAGGGACUCAUUCACUCAAAUGAUGCACUGAACAGUUUAACUUGCUCCACACAGCACAGUGGUGAAUGUUGGAAGACAAUACUUGUGGAGCACAGUGUCUGUAGUAAAAUAAACAAUUUGUAAAUUCUAUUUUAAGAAAAACACAAAAUAAAAAAAAUGUUGAAUUAAACCCA